AUGUCUCCUGGUGUGGUUGUUACGGAGGAGGAAGGGCGGAGCAAACUGUCAUCGACGGCGGUUUCUGCUUCUACACAAUGCUUAGACCGAUUCUCUCAGAAUGGUGUUGUUGAUUUGAAGGAACGGAAUUACCUGGGGUUGUCGGAUUGUUCAUCAGUGGACAGUUGUGAUUCAUCUCUUCCAAGCUUGUGUGGUGAGAAAAAGGGGAAUUUGAAUUUGAAGGCUACUGAGUUGAGGUUGGGUCUUCCUGGAUCUCAGUCACCUGAAAGGGAUUUGGAUUUUUACUCAACAAAGCUUGAUGAGAAACCACUGUUCCCUUUGCUUCCUGCUAAAGAUGGAAUGCAAAAGACUGUUGUUUCGGGGAAUAAGAGAGGGUUUGCUGAUACCGUGGAUGGGUUUUCUCAGGGGAAGUUUAAUGUUAAUACAGGGAUUAACGCGAUGCUAUCGCCUAGACCUGUUGGAGCACAGCCUAACACCGUGAAAGAAGUGCCGAGUAAGGUGUUGCAGGAAAGGCCUUGUGCCGCUAGAGGAACUGGACUUAAUCAUGCAGGUGCUGCAUCUAUUGGUACACAGCCUCCAGCUUCUAAGGCACAAGUUGUUGGUUGGCCUCCUAUAAGAUCAUUUAGGAAAAACUCCAUGGCCACUGCUUCCAAGAACAACAAUGAUGAAGUGGAUGGAAAACCAGGUCCCACUGCACUCUUUGUGAAGGUCAGUAUGGAUGGUGCUCCCUAUCUUAGGAAGGUUGAUCUAAGAACUUAUACAGCAUAUCAGGAACUUUCUUCUGCCCUUGAGAAGAUGUUCAGCUGUUUUACCCUAGGUCAGUGUGGUUCCCAUGGAGCUCCAGGUAGAGAAAUGUUGAGUGAGAGCAAGCUAAGGGACCUUUUGCAUGGUUCAGAAUAUGUUCUCACCUAUGAAGAUAAAGAUGGAGACUGGAUGCUUGUAGGGGAUGUACCAUGGGAAAUGUUCAUUGAUACUUGCAGAAGGCUGAAAAUCAUGAAGGGUUCUGAUGCCAUUGGCUUAGCUCCCAGGGCAAUGGAAAAGUCUAAAAGCAGGAGUUAG